GCUCCACCAUUCGUGGCCUCGGCUGUCAAUUAUGGGUCCCGGCCGGUGAUUCCCCACUGGAACCCUGCGAUUGCCGUGUAUCACAACGGGGGAGAGACCUGUGUAUAAACAAAACAGAUCUCUCCCCUGUCAGCUCCCGCACACUGCUUUGUAUGGCUCUGCAUAGCAGAGCCAGUGUAAAGCACAUACACAGCACACAGUAAUACAGCACACAGUUAACCCUUUGAUCGUCCCAGAUGUUAACCCCUUCCUGCCCAGUGCCAUUAGUACAGUGUACAUGCUUUUUAUUAGCACUGAUCACUGUAUUGGUGUCACUGGCGAUGUCAAUGACACCAAGUCAGUUCCCCCCAGUGUCAGAAUGCCCGCCGCAGUCCCACUAUAAGUCGCUA